UUCUGAAAAGCUCCUUAGCGGAAAUAAUUUGAAGAAACAUGGCGCUCCCUAGUAAUAACAAAAUGAGCUGUUGGGCUGCCCCAGGAGUUUAUAAACACCACGAACAAAGGAAAGUGUGUAUAUCGAGACCAAAAUAUAGGGAUGGGAGGAAAGACAAAGCGGUGAAGGUGUACACUAUUAAUCUAGAGUCUCGUUACGUGAUGGUGCAAGGAGUCCCAGCCAUUGGAGUGAUGACAGAACUGGUCCAGCUCUGUGCCUUGUAUGGAGUGGUGGAGGAGUACAGACCACUGGAUGAGUACCCUGCUGAAGAAUUUACUGAGGUCUACCUCAUCAAGUUCCAGAAACUAACCAGUGCCAGAGCAGCUAAACGCAAUAUGGAUGAAAAAAGUUUUUACGGUGGGGUUCUUCAUAUGUGCUACGUACCAGAGUAUGAAAGUGUAGAAGACACAAGGUUGAAACUGCUGGACCGAAGGAGAUAUAUUAUGAGGGCUGCCCAGAAUAAAGCAAGAGAAAGAAAAACAAAGGAGGAUGGAGAGGAGAAGCCAACGACCUCAAACACAGACAGACAAUCAAACAUGACUCUGUCCCAAAGUCAUGAAAUGCCAAGGAAUGAUAAUAACACAGGAGGGAAUUCUAAUUUCAAUUAUUAUUCAGACUUUACUUUGCUGCCACUUCCUCCACAGGAACAACAUUAUCACAUGGGACAACAAGGGACUGAACUCAGAGAAGAUAAGAUGGGGACAUUACAUAAUGCAGUAAGCAACACAAAUCAGCAGUCUGAAUAUAACAGUGUCAGUCAAACAUCAUCAGAGAACAUACAGAAAAACCGACAACAAAGACCGACUCAGAAUCAGACCCCAAUGGUCAGAUUUGUCCCGAGGACCACACAACUGGAGAAGAGGAAACAUCGAAAGGAAGAGGCUGCAGGUCAGACCCUGACUGAUUUAUCUGAAGUAAAUGAGACUCUGAUUGGGCCAAAGCUACCGGAGCCACCUAAAAUUGACAUGGAGGAUGAGUCAAUGAACACGACUGUCUGCCUUAUUAGGAACACAAUGAAACGGGUAAGCAGUUAUCAAAUUUUCCUGUGGCAAUUUAGAGCAACACUGAGUCAUCAAGUCUCUUCUGUCAGUAUAAACACUGAUUCAUUUCUGUUAGGUUGGAUCAGUUCCUGACGUCAAGCCGGUGGAGAAAAAGAUGAAACCACGUCGUCGGAUAUAAUCAAUUUGUUGUUUGUGCAUCAACUUAAUUAACAAUUUUUACUGUACUUUAAGGUGAAACUGUGUAAAAAUAAAUGAGAAUGAUUCUG